AUGCACUUCCAGAACAUUUGGGUUACUGCUACAGCCGCACGUUACUGCUACAGCCGCACGUUACUACUACAGCCACACGUUACUGCUACAGCCGCACGUUACUACAGCCACACGUUACUGCUACAGCCGCACGUUACUGCUACAGCCGCACGUUACUACAGCCACACGUUACUGCUACAGCCACACGUUACUACAGCCGCACGUUACUGCUACAGCCGCACGUUACUGCUACAGCCACACGUUACUGCUACAGCCACACGUUACUGCUACAGCCACACGUUACUGCUACAGCCACACGUUACUACAGCCACACGUCACUGCUACAGCCGCACGUUACUACAGCCACACGUCACUGCUACAGCCGCACGUUACUACAGCCACACGUCACUGCUACAGCCACACGUUACUACAGCCACACGUCACUGCUACAGCCGCACGUUACUACAGCCACACGUUACUACAGCCACACGUCACUGCUACAGCCGCACGUUACUACAGCCACACGUCACUGCUACAGCCACACGUUACUACAGCCACACGUCACUGCUACAGCCGCACGUUACUACAGCCACACGUUACUACAGCCACACGUCACUGCUACAGCCACACGUUACUACAGCCACACGUCACUGCUACAGCCGCACGUUACUACAGCCACACGUUACUACAGCCACACGUAACUACUACAGCCGCACGUCACUGCUACAGCCACACGUCACUGCUACAGCCACACGUUACUACAGCCACACAUUACUGCUACAGCCGCACGUUACUGCUACAGCCACACGUUACUACUACAGCCACACGUUACUACAGCCACACGUCACUGCUACAGCCGCACGUUACUACAGCCACACGUCACUGCUACAGCCGCACGUUACUACAGCCGCACGUUACUACAGCCACACGUUACUACAGCCACACGUUACUACAGCCACACGUUACUGCCGCACGUUACUACCGCACGUUACUACAGCCGCACGUUACUACAGCCGCACGUUACUACAGCCACACGUUACUACAGCCGCACGUUACUACAGCCGCACGUUACUACAGCCGCACGUUACUGCUACAGCCACACGUUACUGCUACAGCCACACGUUACUGCUACAGCCACACGUUACUGCUACAGCCACACGUUACUGCUACAGCCACACGUUACUGCUACAGCCACACGUUACUGCUACAGCCACACGUUACUGCUACAGCCACACGUCACUGCUACAGCCACACGUUACUACAGCCACACGUUACUACAGCCACACGUUACUGCUACAGCCGCACGUUACUACAGCCACACGUUACUGCUACAGCCGCACGUUACUACAGCCACACGUCACUGCUACAGCCACACGUUACUACAGCCACACGUUACUGCUACAGCCGCACGUUACUACAGCCACACGUCACUGCUACAGCCACACGUUACUGCUACAGCCACACGUUACUGCUACAGCCACACGUUACUGCUACAGCCACACGUUACUGCUACAGCCACACGUUACUGCUACAGCCACACGUUACUACAGCCACACGUUACUGCUACAGCCACACGUUACUGCUACAGCCACACGUCACUGCUACAGCCACACGUCACUGCUACAGCCACACGUUACUACAGCCGCACGUUACUGCUACAGCCACACGUUACUGCUACAGCCACACGUCACUGCUACAGCCACACGUUACUACAGCCACACGUUACUACAGCCACACGUUACUGCUACAGCCGCACGUUACUACAGCCACACGUUACUGCUACAGCCGCACGUUACUACAGCCACACGUCACUGCUACAGCCACACGUUACUACAGCCACACGUUACUGCUACAGCCGCACGUUACUACAGCCACACGUCACUGCUACAGCCACACGUUACUGCUACAGCCACACGUUACUGCUACAGCCACACGUUACUACUACAGCCACACGUUACUACUACAGCCACACGUUACUACAGCCACACGUUACUACAGCCACACGUCACUGCUACAGCCGCACGUCACUGCUACAGCCGCACGUUACUACAGCCACACGUUACUACAGCCACACGUUACUGCUACAGCCACACGUUACUGCUACAGCCACACGUUACUACAGCCACACGUUACUACAGCCACACGUUACUACAGCCACACGUUACUACAGCCACACGUUACUACAGCCACACGUUGCUACAGCCACACGUUGCUACAGCCACACGUUGCUACAGCCACACGUUGCUACAGCCACACGUUGCUACAGCCACACGUUACUACAGCCGCACGUUACUACAGCCGCACGUUACUACAGCCGCACGUUACUGCAGCCGCACGUUACUGCUACAGCCGCACGUUACUGCUACAGCCACACGUUACUGCUACAGCCACACGUUACUGCUACAGCCACACGUUAUUACAGCCGCACGUUAUUACAGCCACACGUUACUACAGCCACACGUCACUGCUACAGCCACACGUCACUACAGCCACACGUUACUACUACAGCCGCACGUUACUACUACAGCCACACGUCACUGCUACAGCCACACGUUACUGCUACAGCCACACGUUACUACUACAGCCACACGUUACUACAGCCACACGUCACUGCUACAGCCGCACAUUACUGCUACAGCCACACGUUACUACAUUCACACGUCACUGCUACAGCCGCACGUUACUACAGCCACACGUUACUGCUACAGCCACACGUUACUACAGCCACACGUUACUACAGCCACACGUUACUGCUACAGCCGCACGUUACUACAGCCACACGUUACUGCUACAACCACACGUUACUACUACAGCCGCACACUGCUACAACCACACGUUACUACUACAGCCACACGUUACUGCCACACUUACAGCCACACGUUACUACAGCCACACGUUACUGCUACAGCCACACGUUACUGCUACAGCCACACGUUACUACAGCCACACGUUACUACUACAGCCACACGUUACUACAGCCACACGUUACUACAGCCACACGUCACUGCUACAGCCACACGUUACUACUACAGCCGCACGUUACUGCUACAGCCACACGUUACUACUACAGCCACACGUUACUACAGCCACACGUCACUGCUACAGCCGCACGUUACUGCUACAGCCACACGUUACUACAUUCACACGUCACUGCUACAGCCGCACGUUACUACUACAGCCGCACGUUACUGCUACAGCCACACGUUACUACAUUCACACGUCACUGCUACAGCCACACGUUACUACUACAGCCGCACGUUACUGCUACAGCCACACGUUACUACAUUCACACGUCACUGCUACAGCCGCACGUUACUACAGCCGCACGUUACUACAGCCACACGUUACUACAGCCACACGUUACUGCUACAGCCACACGUUACUACAGCCACACGUUACUGCUACAGCCACACGUUACUACAGCCACACGUUACUACAGCCACACGUUACUACAGCCACACGUUACUGCUACAGCCACACGUUACCUGCAUUACACAGGUACAGUACACAGGAGCCAGACGAGUCAACAACAGGGUCAGAGCAGAGGCUGGAAACUGA